AUGUCAAACUGCGAAAAUAAUGACCGAAGCCCUUUAAACACACAGUAAGGGAAUAAAUAAAAAGGGAAAAUGGCGUUUUUAGUUCAAUUCAGAUACCAGGAUAGAUAAACCGGAAAAGAAACAAGUCUUCUUCAUUCAAAGGUUCUAGGUUUUUAUCCAUUAAUUGGCUAUAAAUCAGUUUUGAAUAGUAAACAAAUGUUCUUUCAGUGUUCUCGAGUAGUCACAAGAUGCAGCACAAGCAAUGCGAAGAUUCAGUCAGAUAUACUGAAAAAUUUUGUCAAUUGAAUACUCGUGAAUAAGUUUGAUAUUUCAGUCCUUUAACAUAUACUGUCUUUGAUUAGAUAUCGACUGCUAUUUCAGGAACUCAGCAAUGAAAUGGACAAAAGAACACAAUGUCUUAUUGGGAAAAAAGGUUAUGCUGUUCGAACUGCAGAAAUACAAAUUAGGAAGUCGUGAAAGAGGAAAUUGCCUCGACCAAAUUGCUAAAAGCCUGAAUCAGUUAUAA